AUGGAAGAUAUGAUAGUCCAGCAGAGCAACCACACAAAAGAGGUUCAAGUGGAGAAACGACACGAUUACAUCGUCAGCGAUGAAGUUCUGGCCCAACUGUCCUUUAUCAACUUUGUCAUUCUAACAGGCUCCAUCAGUUCUCUGGGCGUUGUCUUUAAUAUUAUCAACAUCAUCGUCUUUAUCCAGCUUGGGUUUAAAGAUCCUUUAAAUAUUUCCCUCUUGGGGUUGGCCAUCGCAGAUACCGGAUCCCUACUGCCAAUGAUCUGGAUCAGCAUCUGCAACAACCCUUUGCUAGCCCAACAAUACAGCCAUCUGAAUUUUCAAGGCAUACAACAUCUUACUGCUGGAUGGCCACACGUCUGCUUCAGUCGGAUAUCUAGUCUAUUGACAGCGUUCAUAACUCUGGAGAGGCAUCUCUGCGUUGCCUUACCUUUGAAAAUCAAGAGUAUCAUCACUCCCAGAAGAAGGAUCAACAUCGUGGUGUCUAUCUUCAUCAUUUCGACGGUGGGCGUCAUUCCCACCUACUUCGGUGCCGGUUUGGGCCCAACACUGAACUGGGCAACAAAUAUGACCACUAUUGGUUUAGUUUACUACACAAACGGACAAAAUAUCGAAAACGCUGCGAUAAUGUUCUCCACCUUCACCCAGCUUCUGGCCUUUGUCGUGGUCACUAUCUCCACCUUAGGCUUGGUUCAAACCCUUCAACAGAAAUCGAAAUGGCGACAGACAACAUCGAGCUCGUCUAACAACACUUCAAUUAGCAACAGAGACCAGAAAACAGUGAAGCUUGUUGUCAUAAUAUCGGUUAUAUUCAUUGCCAGCUACCUGCCUAUAUCAAUGAGCCUGCUGGGAAUGUUGUCCUAUGGGGAGUUCACUAUGGUUGGUAUGUACCGUAAUCUACUGCUGGCUUUCGCAACUGUCUUCUUCUGUUUAGAGUCCUUUAACGCUUCUGUGAAUAUAUUCGUAUAUUUAAUUAUGAGUUCCAAGUAUAGGAAUAAGUUUAUGUCUAUAUUCAACCGUGGAAAAUUGUUAAAACAAUAA